UUGGAAAAUAAAUAUUUCCUCGCCAGUAUUGUGCCAUUUUCCUGACUUAUGUAAACAACUAUUAUAAGUCUGUGACCUCUGAAAAAUUACUAAUUAAUUACUGAUGGGGUCUUAAUUUAUUCGAUCACUGGCGCUUUUAAUGUUGGCGAAAGUUUGACAGUUGACCCAGGAUGGAAAGUUUGUAAACAUGUCCACUGUAGCAAAUGAUUUACCUCUCUUGCCAAAUGAAAAGAAGCUUCGAUUUAGAUCACCGAAAGUCUUAUUUAAUGAUACUAAAAUUGAUGAAUUUAUUUCAAACGAAAGAAGCAAUGACGUACACACAGACGAAACUGAACAACCGAAAAAAGAAAAAACGCCGUCCUUAUUUUCCUUUCUGAAAGUGGAAUUAACCAGAGGGUAUGUGUUGGAACACGACGAGGAACGAUACUCUGCGAGACGUGAGAAGGUUUACUCGUUUAUGAGAAUACCGAGGGAAGUGGAAAAGUUUAUGAUUUAUGGAUUUAUGCAAUGUACAGACUCGUUCUUUUUCGUUUACACCUUCUUGCCAUUGAGGUUUAUCUUGGCGUUGUGGGCUUUGGUUACACGACCUGUUGCCAAAUGUUUUGGGAUUCGACAAACCAGAGGAAGUAUAUUGAAUCCUGCGGAAAUAUGUGAUUUAUUAAAAGGGAUUUUGAUAAUAUUUUGCAGCAUUCUCAUGUCUUACAUUGACACAAAUAUGAUGUAUCACCUAAUAAAAAGUCAGUCCGUUAUUAAAUUGUACAUAUUUUAUAAUAUGCUGGAGGUGGCGGAUCGCUUAUUCUCUGCAUUUGGCCAAGAUACAAUUGAUGCUCUGUUUUGGACUGCUACAGAACCGAGGUAUAAAAGGAGGGAGCAUUUUGGUGUCAUACCCCAUCUGCUAUUCGCAAUUGCUUAUGUGUUUCUUCAUAGUGUACUUGUACUUUUUCAAGCCACUACACUAAACGUUGCAAUAAAUUCCAACAACAAAGCUCUUCUCACAAUUAUGAUGUCCAACAAUUUUGUGGAGUUAAAAGGAAGUGUUUUCAAAAAAUUUGACAAAAACAAUUUAUUUCAAGUAUCCUGCAGUGACGUAAGAGAAAGAUUUCAUUUAGUUGUUUUGUUGUUUGUGGUUGCGUUGCAAACAAUGAAAGAGUACUCGUGGAAAGUUGAUAGUUUCUGGGUCCUUCUGCCAGAUUGUUUCAUGGUACUUCUUGCCGAAGUAUUUGUAGACUGGAUCAAACAUGCAUUCAUAACGCGAUUCAACGAACUUCAGCUUGAUGUGUAUACGGAUUACACAACCAGUUUGGCUUAUGAUAUGGCACAAACAAGACAGAAGCACGCAUUUUCUGAUCAUUCUGAUUUGGUCGCUCGAAGAAUGGGAUUUAUACCAUUGCCUCUCACUGUCGUGAUGGUGCGAGUAAUAACUCAGUCGGUGGCGAUAAAUGAUGUAGCAUCUAUUGUAAUUAUUUUAUUAGCAUACUUACUCCUGGUAUCGUUUCGAAUUUUAAACAGUAUAGUAAUGCUGGGAAUUGCUUGCAAUUUAAUAGCACAUCACAAAAAUGAAAAGGCAUCUGCCCAAUCUCCAUUGACCAAUAGAUCUGGAAGUCCUAUUACUGUGUCAUCUAGUAAAAAUCUCGGGAAUAAAGAUGGCACUACAAGUCCUCUAAAACCUGUAAUGGAUCCACCCGUUAGGAUUCUUGAAAAUGGGGUGACUAGUGAGAUGCCAAAAGUGGAGUCUGCACCUCCUCCAGAUUGUACACUAGGAUCUACUGCGAUUUUUUCAAAUAGCACUGUAGAUCUAAAAAAUGUCACUUUGAAUGAAGAACUGCUAAAAGUGGAUGGUGAUGACAUACAGAUUGAGACUGUGCCGCAAGAUGAGAAUGUAACCAGAAGUGAGCCAAAUAUAAACAGUGAUUUUGUGGAGGAGAAUUGUGUUCAUAUAGACAGGGAAAUCAGUGAUUGUGGUUUAAAGAAGCGAGCAGAAUCAGAACCAUCUUUAGUUACAUGCAAUGACGCUGAAGAUGUGAUUAAAUGAUUUCAGAAUGCUUUAAAACGCUGUGUAAUUUGGCUUUUUAUUUAAUGGUCUUGUACAUAAUAAAUAAUUGAAGCGCAAGUAGGUGUUUUGGGGGAUGAACAGCAAAUAUGUUGUUAUUGUUUUUAGAUAUUUAUGUUGUUGUGAUAUGAUGACUCUAUUUUAAUAAAUAUUUACAUUUCAAUGUGAA